AUGAGUACCAACAACACAGCUGCAGCAUCAUCAAAUCCAAUCGGUAGUGAUGAGGAUUUAUAUCUCCGAUCAUUAUUUGCUCACAAUUCACCAGAGGCUUGUUCAUCAUUAUUCCGAGCAGCCAAUGAAGAGAAGAAAUUAAAAGGAAUUGAAGGAGGAUUUCAUACACUCUAUGUUGGAUGUUUAUUAAAAGUAUUGACAAAGGCUAAGGAACCACUUAAUUAUUGUUUACCUUCGUUUAUUAAAAAUCCAGGAACAACAGAAGAUGAUGAAGAAGCAACCUCUGUUAUCAAAAUGAAAAAGGUUAAUGAAUGUAUCGGAAUGGAUGUAGAAACAACUACACAUAUUUUGGGAGAAUUAGAUAGAGUGGUUUCUAGAAAACCAGCUGAAGUUUUGGGACAUUUAAAUUCUAUUAGUAGUAACUUGAAUAGUAAUGGCUUGCAAAUUAAUUCAUCAGACUCUGUGGAUAUGAUUAGAAAUAAGGUCAAGAGUGCUGUUGAAUCUAAUUGUAUGGAUUGCUUUUCGGAAAUUGAUGGUUCUCAAUCGAUAGAUUCACAAGCUUACUCCAUGUUCAAGUCUCAUUUGUGCUUGUUUGCAUCUGUUUGUAAGAAACAAUUUCAAUCUUGUUUGACAAGCCAUACUACACAUAGAGGAUUUUCAAAAUGCUUAGAGGAAAGUGCACAAAUGGAAUGUUUUAAAUUAUACAAGGAUGUUGAAUUUUAA